AUGGACCUUUCUAAAGAUGAAAAACAGCUGAUUUUUGACUAUUUUUUCUAUCACAUACAAAGUCCUCUUAAUACAAACGCUGAAGACUAUCGCAAAUUUAACACUUAUACCUUUAGAGCCAUUAAAUUGAAUUUUUUGUACACAUUAGCAUUUGGAAUGGCAUCUUAUAAUUUAUUCUUUCAAAAAGAUUGGGGAAUAUUAACUCAUUGAUAAAAAAAAAUUAAAAAUGCCUAUUUAGAUAAAAAAAUAUAAUUAAGAUUUUAUUGCCUUCCAGAAGGAUAAGAGGAGUUGUGAAGCCUGGUCUAGUAGCUUUUGGGCUUUUUGGCUACAGCUGCAUUAUGUUUGCGAGGAGAUUUAAUAACGCUAUAUAUAAUGAAGAAGCCUUAGAAUGCGCUAAAAAAUAUGAAAAAGAUGUUGAACGAUACAAUGACCAUUACAGAAGAAUUUAUGGAAAUAAAUAA